AUAAUGAUAACAAUAAAAUGGAAUAAAAAAAUAAUAAAUCAGCUGGUCAACAAAAUGUUAAUAAUUAUUAAUUGAGUGUCAUACAUUUAAAUAUAUGGAAUAAUAUAUGAAAUAGUUGAUAUUAUUUUUUAUAUACAUUUUUUGGUGAUAAAAAUUGUUUGUUUUUUGAAAAUUGAUUUUUUAUUGGUAUUGAGGUUAGAGAACUGACUAAACAAAGAUCCAAAGUCUAUUUUGGAAGAAAAAUUUAUAUAUAUGUGAAUAGUAAUAUUAUAUAUAUUAUAAAUAUUAUCAAUGGCCAGUCCAAUUGAUUUUUUACCUGAUGAAAUAUUGGAAUAUAUUUUGAAUUUAAUCCCGCCGUAUAAAGAUUUAAAAGAAUGCAAACUGGUGUGCAAGCGUUGGCAUCAUGCUGUCAAACAUGUGAUAGAACAUAGAAAAGCUUAUUUCCAAAGAUCAGUGGCCUAUGGAUCUCUCCUAUGGAACUCGCCGACCAUAAACGCAAGGCCGUCAAUAAUAACAAACCGUCACUCGCACUCAGCAUGUACCUACGAAAAUUCGAUGUAUAUUUUUGGAGGCUGUACCAAAACUUGUACGACAUUUAAUGAUUUAUGGAAACUAGACUUAGACACCAGGAAAUGGGAACGUCCGAUACCCAUGGGUACUUAUCCGUCACCGAAAGCGUGCGCUAGUAUGGUGUACUAUAAAAAAUCUUUUGUAUUAUUCGGUGGUUGGGCGCAGCCUGCAACAUUUCCACCUUUCCAGAGGAGGAAAUUAUUUAAUGAGCUGCACGUGUACUCGAUAACAAACAACAAAUGGACUGCCAUUGAAACUCUAAAUGAUCCACCAGCUACUUGUGCUCAUUCAGCGACAGUUCAUGGUGACACGAUGGUGGUCUUUGGUGGAAUCAAUACAUUUUUGCACUACAAUACCUCAAAUGAUGUCUGGUGCUUUAAUUUUGAAACCAAUACCUGGCACGAGCAGGUGACGACGUCCCCGAAGCCGCACCCUCGGUUCGGACACUCGCAGAUCGCGCUGGAUGAUAAGAAUCUGAUGAUCAUCGGAGGAUGUACGAAUUCUACAGUAGGAAUUGACGACGCGUGGCUGCUAACGAUGGAGGGAACGCACUGGAGGUGGACAAAACUUGCAAUAAAUGGGAUGGAGUGGGCGCCGAUGAUGAUCUGGUGUCACCAAGCGUGCAAAGUUGGCGAUCAUCUGGUAAUUUUAAGUAAAAAAAAACAGGCGAGCUCGUCAUCUAAAAAUAUUACAAAUGAUAAAGUCAUUUGUCAUGGAUCCAGUUCACUGGCGAUGGCCGACUGUAAUAUUCCAGACACUCGACAAAAAUCCGUGCCAGUUGUAGACAGAGAUGAGAACGUCAAUGGACGUCGCGGAAGAUUUACACCGCGAGCUCUAGUACAAGUAAAUCCUGCGAGUGCAAUCACGAGACCUCACCAGGGGAUUCGUGUCGCGGUGGAACGCAAAUUCGGGCCCAUGGCAGCUUUCAAUCCCGACCUCGGGACCCCUAGUCCGAACCGCCUGCGUCAGCUUGAGGAUCUCCGGAGAAUGGAAGAGAAGAUAAAUCGCCAGCGUAUGCAAGCGAGACUAAUAAAGCCAGUGAUCAACAGACUAGCGAUUUUUGUCUUAAAUAUCGCGAAUGUUUUGUGCGAAGAACGCGCGGCUUCGUGGGUUCAAAACACCGGCAGUGAUAUCACUGGCCCCGAAGAACGUGUUCUCUAUUCUUUAGUGUUAGGCAACGCAGAGCUUAUAUUUUUUGGCGGGACACGAAAGUUUCCCACCAAGCAGGGACAAGUUGAAGGUGAAGUUUCAGAAGUUUACAACGACGUUCAUUUUAUAAACCCACCUCGCUAUGCCAUUUAAUAAUAAUUAUAAUAAUUUAUAAUUAUUUUUCACUGUCAAAAUACACAUGGAAUAAAGUACAAUAUAUAUACAAUACUUAAAAUAUAAAA